AUCGCGUGCAGUAAUCAUCGUGGAAACUGUGUUUUAACUAUUUCAUUAGAGAAGUAACCUUAAGUAGGCGCAGUCAACAUAAUAAGUGCUGUCGUUAUUAAAUAUGCAGCGCCGAGGAAGCCAAGGUAGCAAACGCUUUCGUCGAGGGACAUCUCAAAACGUUAUGUUCUAUGAAGACAGGCGAAGCUCGAAGCGGUCAUUUGGCAAUUGUGAGAGUCAUGGGCAAAAUGACUUAAAGCGUUUUAAAGAAGAUCAUGAACAUGUCCAUCCCGAUCUGAUUGAAGUGAAAAACUUUCUUUCACAGAUGAAAGCACACUGGAAAACUCAGAAAAUGAAUAAAGAUGAAGAAGAUAUUAUGAUAGCAAACGUUCUCAAACAAACGCUUGCCAAAGAAGCUCUUCUAGCGAAAAGUGAGUCAUAUCAUCUUAACUCCAACGUGGCAGAAUUUUUGACUCGGAGUCGCGAAUUAGCCGUGAUUGCACGUUUUAUGCGUGCUUUCAACAUCGAAAAAACUCCUCCUCAGCACAAGACUAUUAAGAUUUUUGAAGCUCUGAUGGAUUCCGUUCUCGACUAUUUCCGCUCACCUGAAAAGUUUGUAUCGACGUACGAAAGCGACGAGGAAAAUGAAGGUAACGAUAAUCCUUCAGUAGACUAUAAGACAAUCUUUUGUACAUGGCUUCAUUGUCUUGGAUUGUUCAUUGUCGAUAAUAUCGAACGUUACUUCUACGAGGAGACAAUAUUCACUCAACGAAUACUAUGUGCGCUAUGUGGGAAAAAAUUUCUUAAAGAUCUACACGGAGAAGUUGAAAAAGAAACGACGGUUAUGUCCGACCAGAUUACUGAUCUUCGGGACCGUUACUUUACGUUUCUAACAACUGAGGCUGAACUGGAAACCCUGAUAUGCCACCACAAAGCGCGAUUCGUUAUUUCCCUUUCAGUAACUCUCGCGGCAGCUCUUGAGAUCAAGAAAGUCAUUAAAAAAUUCGUCAAACACAUAUUCGGGAAUGAUGCCGAACGUAUGCUGACGAAUGCGGAUUCAUUUAUCGUUGUAGCCUCGGUCCUUCGACACGCAGGAAAGUUUGGCCUGUCAAAAAAAUGCAUUACUAAAGUUCUACAAUUCGUUGACAAAAUCUCGCAGACCAAUCCAGGCAUUAUCAGUGGAAUGUUUGAAGCACUUGAAGAUAAAGAUGAGUUUGUAGAGAUAUACGAUAAGCUGGCAAAUAAAUGGACCUUCGAGCUGCUGACGAAGAACGGUUCAGUGGCAAAAGCAUGUGCACGGUUCGACAUAAAACAGAGUGACUAUUCGGAUAAGCUUUUUGCUGCAAUGACAGAAAGAGAAGGCGGAUCCGAGCAAAACUUUAUAUUUCUUAUCAGAAAUCUCAGCUUGGGACCCAUGUUCAAGGUCAUUUGCAAUUUCAAAGCUCAGCAAAAGGUUUUGAGAGCACUGGACGAUUUGUCUGCCCAGGAACUAUUUAAUUUAGCUUGUAGUUCACACGUUCAUUUGCUCGAAGCUGUAGUGGCAAGCGAAACAAUUGGUGAAAAAGUUAAACUUAAGAUGCUUUCCAGACUCGUUGAAAAAUCUGUAGAAUUAGCGGUUGAUAAGUUUGGCAGCCGACUCCUAGAUGCGGUGAUGAUCAACUGUCAAGUAAAAACAAUCAGGGUGAUCGCCGCGGAGUUGAUAAAACACAAAAAGACACUACUGGGCGAUCGAAUCGGCAAGUUCAUUUUUCUUCACUGGGGACUCAAUUAUUUUGAGGACAAUAAUAAGGAUGCCUGGAAUAAUGUUAUUUCAAACAGCAAAUAUCGGAAACGACAGAAACUUCUAUCAGUACUCUCCAGCGUAUAGAGGAAGAACACGUUCUUUUCUCCAUAAAUCACCAAUAUCUUACAGUAGGACUGUUGAAGUCCUUGAUGACUGCUUAAUAUAAAUCUGUAAAAAAAUGUUUUCUACUAAGCUGUAUGAAUUUAUUAAACAUGAGUACAUUAAAACAUAUCCGUUGGAUCAUUGUUUCUUGUAUAUAGUUAUUUCGUAAAUUGUAUAUAAACCAGUAUACACGUUAAAUGUAAAUGUUGUUUGUUGUAUAUGCAUUAAAGGUUAUUCAAGACUGAAAAUAGCAAUAAAGGAUACGUAUAGUUGAAGUUGAGUUCGAAAAAGGCAUUAUUUGCUAUUGCAAGGGUUUUUCAUAGAGUU